UAGACAACAGCGAGGCCAAGAAAUAUUACUUUUUUUGACUUUGACAUUUUCAAUUUUCAUCACUUCUUUAAUUUUGCAUUUUUGCUAAACAACGUAGUUUUAUCUUCUAAAGAAUCUCAUAAGCAAUACUGUUACAUAUCUUAAAUUUAAUUAUAUUCUGAACUAUCCAAGGUUAACUUUACCUCCUCAGUAGUGUUCACAGUAACAUUUUAAUUGCGGUAAUUACUUUCAAACUUUUCUAACCUUGAAGUGAAUAUAUGAUAGCAAGUAAAUAAAUACGGUGUGGUUAUCUAUCUGAUGCAUAUCGCACAUAAAAGUAACAAAUAGUAUGUGUUGUAUGAGCCGGAGUAUAAAAUGUCUGCACCAUCAAAAGUCAACAAGGAAAACUUCCGUCUCCUGGAUUUGUCUAGCGACGAAGAGUCUGAAGACUUGCAGCUAGAAAUAAUUCCAAGCAGAAAGAAGAAAAUCACAAGACGAGAACGCAGCAGAAAUACUGCCCCAGUAGCACUUGAACACAACAUUGGUGCUGAGGUACAAUGUGCUCUGAGAUGGGCUGUGAGAGGUACUCUUCUACUAUGGCUUCUGAUGCUAACCUGGAUAUGUGCUGCACUUUAUGACCAAGUUUCUACCAUGCGCGCAGAUAUAGGACAAGUAUCAAGAAGCAGCAACAGUGUAGACGACGCAUUACAAGUAUGCCACACGACUGCAAAGGAGUUACGAGCGAAUGCCAGCGCUCUAAGCGCGAAGUUCGCGGCUUUGGAUCAGGAGCACAAAGAGCUGACGCAGAGGGUAGCUCAGGCGGCACAGGAACUCGCUGCCGUCUCAGAACAGCUGUCAGCCGCCCCCAAGCUAGCUGACACGCCGAGAAGACUGGCAGAACUACAGAGGACAGUCGCGACAUUUGGUUCACAGAUCAACGGUUUCGACAGUACAAUAAGUUCAACCCACAAACAAGCCUUAGCAGCUGUGACAGGAGUGGAAGAAGUUAGAAAUCUUCUACAUCAACUAGAUGCCAAGGCGAAUGAGACUAUAGCCAAUGUCACAGCAAAUACGAAGCGUGACGAAGAGAUCCGAACGGACCUCGGAAAUCUUAACAGUACGCUCACAAGCCAAGUCGAAGCCUUGCAGACUAGGAUACAGGAAAUUACUAAGCCUGUAAGCACAGCGGCGCCGACGGUGGCGACGGCCGCGACUGCAGCGAGCGCCGUACCACCAACUAAUUCUACCACUACCACCACAACGACACUACCGCCUGGGAAACCGUCAGUGCUACAAUGAGGAUUGCUGAAAUCCUUCGUUCCUCCCAACUCGUGAACCGAUGUCGGAUGACGAGAGAAACGCUCAGUCUUGAUCUCAAUACGUCCAAACGACAUAUACACGUAGACGUUACCGAGACGCGGAACGGAUACCCUCCAAAAAUAUUUGUAAGGAUAGAAUUGUCGCAGUCGACGACAGACCUUCGGACAGUACGGACGUGAUUUUGACUCGGCCAUACAUUUCAGUCAGUAUUUUAAUAGUUUUCCUUGGACUGUACAUACAUUUUUCAUUCGAAAACAUAUUUUUUAUUAAUAUUACAAUAUUAUUUAGUGUUUGUACUUAUAUUUAUGUGUUUAUUUGACUUUAUUAUAUGGAUUUGGUGUUUUGUUGAUGGUGACGUAUUUUUAUUUUAUUUGUAAACGUCUUGAAUAAGAUGUCAAGGAAGUGAGGUGAGGCGCACCAAUGCAAUAUCGUCGAGUGAGAAUUGAGUACGAUGUAAUGUAAAUAUUUAAUUGUAAUUAGUUUUAUGAGCGUAGUGAACACACGCGGACGCACUGUGUGUUAUGUUGUACGAGUGUGAGUUUUAUUACUUGUAAUAAAUUAUUGUUAAUAGAUCAGUUAUUAUUAAA